AUGGUUGACUGCUUCAAAUGCCCAGAAGAUCAAUAUCCAAACAAUUACAGAGAUGGCUGUAUCCCCAAAUCUAGAAACUUCCUGUCUUAUGAGGAACCUUUAGGGAUCAGUUUAGCCUCAGUUGCCCUAGCCUUUUCCCUAAUCACAGCUUUGGUACUAGGAACUUUUAUUAAGCACAAAGAUACUCCCAUUGUCAAAGCCAACAACCGAGGCCUCACCUACACUCUCCUCGUCUCCCUCCUGCUCUGCUUCCUCUCUUCUUUACUAUUCCUUGGACAACCUGGAAAAGUGACCUGCCUUCUCCGUCAACCCACUUUUGGCAUCAUCUUCUCAGUGGCUGUUUCUUGUGUCUUGGCCAAAACCAUCACCGUGGUUCUUGUUUUCUUAGCCACAAAGCCAGGCUCCAGGUUGAUGAAGUGGGUAGGCAAAGGAUUGGGUCAAUCCAUUGUCCUUUCAUGUUCCCUUAUUCAAGCAAGUAUUUGUAUUGGGUGGCUUGGAACCUCUCCCCCGUUCCCUGAUUUAGACAUGCACACGGUAGCUGGAGAAAUCAUUGUACAAUGUAAUGAAGGGUCAGUUGCCAUGUUUUAUUGUGUCCUGGGCUAUAUGGGCUUCUUAGCCAUCAUCAGCUUCAUUGUGGCUUUUCUAGCCCGGAAAUUACCUGAUAGUUUUAAUGAGGCCAAAUUCAUUACCUUCAGCAUACUUGCAUUUUGCAGUGUUUGGUUGUCCUUUGUUCCAACUUACCUGAGCUCAAGAGGUAAACAGAUGGUGGCUGUGGAGGUCUUCUCCAUCUUGGCCUCCAGUGCUGGGUUACUAGGUUGCAUAUUUUUCCCUAAAUACUACAUCAUUGUGUUCAGGCCAGAGUUGAACAGCAGAGACCAACUAAUUAGGACAAAGAAUUAG